AUGAUUCCACAUUCCCUGCCAAUGACGUUGCUUGCGAACUCAAAAGUAAAGCCGGUUCAUUUCCGCGAACGUCGGCAGCAAGCAAAUGAUUCAUACAUGCCUGAUGCAAUACCGGUACUUCGAGGUUGCAAGAGAAUAGCGCUUUGCACUUACCCGACUUUCGAAAUUGAAGGCUACUUCUUAAACGGCCUUGAUAUCCUGGAUAUGUAUUGGUCAUGCCCUCCUGGACUGGUUGCCGCAACGAGCUGUAUCGUUUAUCGAAACGACAUUCACCAUAUAGUCACCGUUUGCCCUCUUGGAAGCUCCAGUGAAGAAAGGUCUCGUCCGUCCUCUUUUAUGCGCUGUCAUAGCAUGGAGCCAUCACAUGCUGUUACGAUUGAGAAUCAAUCGCGCAACGUAUUUAUUGCCGGGGAUACGAUGACGCAACGUUUUGAUCUUGGUCGGUUCACAGGAUUUCCGCACCCAGAUGGUUCAGCUGGGCUAUCUGUUGCGGCGACGCCAAAUCAGGUGCUGACUGGUACACGCAUUGGCAAUAUAUAUAUAUGGGAUGUUAGGACGCGGCCUCAUCGACCAGCGUGUUCUUUCAGACCUUCGAAAAAGCAUUCGGCAGUUACUGACUUGAAGUUAAGUACAGACGGAAACUAUUUGUAUGUAUCAUGCAUGAGGAACAAAAGCAACAAUUUAGCGAAAUGGGAUUUGCGAAAAUAUUCUUCGGAACCUGCCGUGGUGUUCAACGGACAUAGAAACUCUCACAAGAGUCUAAAAUUUGACAUUGAGGAAACAACUACUGGCGGAAUCCUCCUGGCGGGUGGAGAUGACUCCGUCGUGCGGGCGUGGAACACUCAUACUAGUGGUACAGGGGUUGAGUGCGCGCGACUUCCCGGUGAAAUUCCGAAGCUUGUGAAGUUUGCCGGAUGGGGCAAAGAAUCGCCUGCGGCACCGGGUGCUUGGAUCGUGAGCAACGUUGGCAAAUACGUCAUGCAAUGUGGGCAGCGGUAG